UCCAAGAUCCGGAUCAAAGCAACAGUGAAGUACUUCCUCCAGCAGAGCACGCAUCUCUUUCAAGUUCGUUUGUUCUUCUCUCUCUCUCUCCCUCUCCGUUGGAGCUUUAUUCAUCCUUGGCGCACCAAAAGACAAAACGAUCAAAUUUCAGAGGUUGAUGUGGAUUCAAUUCUCACUUGGAAAUUGGAAUUGGAGUACUGGGUCAUUGGGAAUGCAUUUCCAUCUUUGACGAGCCAAGAUGAUAAUCAAAUCUAAGAUAAAAUGGGUUACUCUUUCCCUCCUCACCUUAUCUUUGCUAUCUCUGGUGGCCCACCUUUCUGUCACAAAAUUUUCGACUGUCGAUUUAAGGCAGUACAGUGCAAUGUCCGGGUUGCAUGCCGAUUUUCCUAAUGUGGUAGAUAAAAGGUUUAGGAAUAAGAAGAUAUGGGGUGUUGUACAGUCGUUAGAGUUAUUGCAACCUUACGCAAACCCCAGAGGCAGCUAUCCUGUUCCAAAUGAACAGAGCAAUGGUUUCAUAUAUGCAAAAAUUUUUGGUGGGUUUGCAAAGAUUAGAUCGUCGAUAUGUGAUCUGGUUGCCAUAUCCAGGCUUCUAAAUGCUACUCUUGUCAUUCCAGAGAUUCAAGAAAGUACUCGUUCAAAAGGAAUUAGUUUUAAAUUCAAGAGUUUUUCCUAUCUCUACGAUGAGGAACAGUUUAUAAUGUCACUAAAAAAGGAUGUCAUCAUUGUUAAGAGCCUUCCUGAAAAUCUAAAGGCAGGAAGGAGGAGGAGUGAAUUUCCUACCUUUAGGCCCAAAAGUUCAGCUUCUCCAAAAUAUUAUAUUGAAGAAAUUCUACCAAAGUUAAAGAAAGCCAAGGUUAUUGGGUUGCUUCUUACUGAUGGUGGAUGCCUGCAGUCCAUCCUUCCACCUAGCAUGGCUGAGUUUCAGAGGCUUAGAUGCAGGGUUGGCUUCCAUGCACUUCAAUUCCGGACAGAUAUUCAGAUUCUUGGGCGCCAGAUGGUGGAGAGGUUACGAGGGUGGGGCCAACCUUUCCUUGCUUUUCAUCCUGGCUUAUUGAGAGAUACCUUGGCAUAUCAUGGUUGUGCAGAACUAUUUCAGGAUGUUCACACUGAACUCAUACAAUAUCGGAGGGCACAGAUGAUCAAGCGAGGAAUUGUUAGUGAGGAACUAAGUGUGGACUCUCACUUGCGUAGAGAAAAUGGUUCAUGCCCUCUCAUGCCUGAAGAGGUUGGAGUCCUCCUUCGAGCAAUGGGCUAUCCUCCUAGGACAAUAAUAUACCUAGCAGGUUCUGAAACUUUUGGUGGUCAGCGUGUUCUGAUCCCUAUGCGUGCCAUGUUUGCCAACUUGGUGGAUCACACUUCGCUGUGCAGCAACAAAGAAUUUUCCGACUUGGUUGGACCUGAAACACCACUUCCUCUAGAUCUUUUCCAAAUGCCUCCUGCCAAAAGUGAUGAACAACUUAAAGAAGAAUGGAAAAAAGCUGGUCCUCGGCCUCGGCCUCUUCCUCCACCUCCAGAUAGACCUAUCUAUCGACAUGAGAAAGAAGGCUGGUAUGGUUGGAUUACAGAGACUGACACAGAGCCAGACCCUUCACCCCUGGAUCUGAGGACGCAAGCACACAGGUUACUAUGGGAUGCUCUAGAUUAUAUUGUCUCUGUGGAGGCAGAUGCAUUCUUUCCCGGUUUUAACAAUGAUGGCAGUGGAUGGCCAGAUUUCUCAAACUUGGUCAUGGGACAGCGAUUGUACGAGACUGCUUCUGCUAGAUCAUACAGACCAGACAGGAAAAUUCUUGCAGAACUUUUCAACAUUACCCGUGACAAUAUGUUCCGCCCCAAGCAUAAUUGGACACUCUUAGUGCAGGAACAUCUUAACAAAAGCUUGGGUGAGGAAGGUCUCAUAAGGCAGUCCCUCUCUUCAAAACAAGCUUCAUUCCUUUCACACCCACUCCCUGAAUGCGCUUGUAGAGUAUCUUCUGCUGAGGCUCCGACUCAGGUAAAAGGCGACGACAGCCGUAUUCUAUAUGGAGGGGAAGAUGAGUGCCCUGAAUGGAUGCAACAUGGUGAAAGAGCUGUUUCCUUAGCUGGAGAAGAAGGGGGUAAAUUGGAUGAAAAUGAAUUCCAGGAAUAUGAAAAUGAUACAGAAGAACUACCAGAAUCUUUUGACAGUGGUGGUAAAACUAACGUGACUCUGGUCUGGGAUCAGGAUGAGGAAAUGGACCCAAAUGACUAGAAUUGGGUCUGCAUAUACUACACUGCUUCCUUUUUACCAUUUAAAGCGGCAUAUUCCGAUUUCUUCUGGAGUGAAAAUUUUUGGAGGUACAGGGUAAACUAGCUAAAGUUUAUUUUUUCAUUUCACAGUUCUAACUAAGCCUCUCGGGGGAAAUCAGCACUCAGAUUUGUUCUUUAUGCAUAUUCAUUGGAUCCUCCUGCAAAAGGAAAACAGAAAUAUAUGAUUACUGCACUGGAAGAAAUAUCGACGUGGUUAUGGCAAGCUGACAAGAAGAAGUCCCACAAAAGGAAUAUGCUUUCCCCGUGGGGAAUGUUAAAGGAUUUGGGGGGGUUCGUUAUAUCUUUUUCUGGUGCAGAACACACAAGAAAAAACUACAUACUGAAAUUAUAUGCCAAGUUCUUGGGCCACUUUGUUGUAAUUUUGCAAUACAGAACAACCAAGGAAAGCUACAUACUGAAAUUUUGAUUCCAGUUUC